AUGGAGUUAGAGGUGAAGGUGGUGGGAGGCAUAGACUCCUGUUUCGUAUCCCUUCCCCUAUCUCUCAUUCAACUUCUUCAGUCCACGCGCUCAUCAUCACUUCCUCAAAUCCUCGCUCUCGAGCUUCGCUCUCCCCCUCACACCUGGUUCGUCGCUUGGUCCGGCGCCACUUCCGCUUCUUCCGCCAUAGAGGUUUCUCCUCAAUUUGCGGAAUGCGUUUCCUUGCCGAAUCACGCUAAUGUUCAAGUCAGAGCUGCUCUCAAUGUGCCGCACGCUUCAAGAGUCAUCAUAGAGCCGAACACAGAGGAUGACUGGGAAAUCUUGGAGCUCAACGCCGAAUUAGCCGAGGAUACAAUCCUCAGCCAGGUAAGAAUUGUCUAUGAAGGGAUGAGAUUUCCUUUGUGGUUGCAUGGUCAUACUGUCAUCACAUUCCAAGUGGCUUCUGUUUUUCCGAAGAAUGUGGUGGUACAACUAAUGCAAGAUACUAAAGUUGCUGUUGCUCCAAAAAUACGCAAAAAGAGUUUGGAUUCAGUAGAUAAAGAGCAUACUGCUAAGAUGCUGCUUCGAUUACAAGAUCCAAAUGGAUUAUGUAGUACCAGUACUCAUGUUAAAGGAGUUGAGCUUCAUGUAGGGCUUACGUCUGUUGCUUUUGUUCAUCCAGAAACAGCCAAAAAAUACUCAUUCAACAUGCUUCAGUUGGUUUUGAUAGUACCCAGAACAUCCCAGGAGAAUGUUAAUAUUUCCAAAACAAAUAUUAUGAAAACCGGAAGUGGUUCAGCUACUAAUGAAGUUGAGAAUGUAUAUACUGACAAGACAGAAUAUCGACAAGCAAUUGUUCAGCUGAUGGUUUCAGAAUCCGUGGCUGAAGGACACGUGAUGGUAGCUAAGUCUCUUCGCCUUUAUUUGAGAGCUAGCCUACAUUCAUGGGUUUAUUUGAAGGCAUACAAUAUUAUUUUGGAAAAAAAUAUUCCUUCUACCUCUCUUUUUCCAUGCCAAUUCAAACUAAUAAGGCGCAAGAAUGCUGUUGAGAAAGAUGGUCUAGAAGUUUCUCAUGGCCACAAUAAUCACAUUGAUAAAAAAGUCCAAGCAAAAGCUACAUCAGGUGUCUUUGUUGAUACUAUAGAUUGGUCAAUCCAAAAUGAAGUUUUAGCAGCUCUCGUUGAUGAAUCCAAUUACAAAGCAGAGGAAGAGACCACAAAUCAAUCUCAGAAUCAAAGGGGAUUACAGAGUCUUGUACAACUAUGGUAUAUCACACAACUUAAGGCAAUUACUUCCAUUUCGGGUAUGGAGGUUAGUUCAUUGAUUAUGGGAAAUAAAACAUUGCUUCAUUUUGAAGUAAGCUGUUACAAGCUUGGGAGUAAUGGGAAGGUUCAGUUGGCCUACAAUCCUUCAGAGAACAAUGGCAAGGCAACUGAAAUGUUGUUUUUAUUGACCUUUGAUGAAGAAUAUCUGCAUAAUGGGAAACUUAGUGCAUAUGAAGUUGCUCUUGGUGGAGGACUUGAUAACAUUAAUAUUGUGGACCUGAAGUUUUUCGAAAGGAUGAAAUUGUGUGAUCCUGUGUCUUUUCUUUCUAUAGAAGAGAGAACCUCUGAAGACCAGAUUAGUUCAAAUCUAUCUUCCCUUGGCUGGAUGGAGAAAACUGCAGAUGAUGUUAUCAAUAGUAAGUCUUUUUUGGGUGCUGAGGGCUCUGGGAAAACUAUAUUAGCAAGAACUGUGGCAAAAUCCCUUGAGAAUCGUGAGGACAUCUUAGCACACAUAAUUUUUAUUUCCUGCUCAAAACUUUCCCUGGAGAAGGUCCCAGUUAUUCGCCAAAGACUUGCAAACCAUGUAACUGAAGCUUUAAACCAUGCUCCUUCUAUUGUCAUCUUUGAUGAUCUUGAUAGCAUAAUUUCUUCCCCUGACUCCGAAUCUCAACCGUCAAUAUCUGUUGCUGGACUCACAGAUUUUCUGGUUGACAUCAUGGAUGAAUAUGGGGUCAUUGACCUUGCCAGAGGUUUACCUGUUGAGUUACCAUCAAGAUCAACUCACCUCCGGUCUGAGGUACUAGGCACUCCAAAUGUGUCCUCAAACCUGGUGCAACCUUCAAGAAGGCUGAAAUCAAAACAGGAGAAGAGGCAAAAAUCAUGUGGCUUGGGACCAAUAGCCUUCAUAGCUUCCAUACAAUCCCUAGAGAAGAUACCACAAUCUCUUAGCUCUUCAGGACGGUUUGACUUUCACAUAAAGCUGCCUGCUCCUGCAGCCUCUGAACGCAGGGCUAUGUUGAAGCAUGAAAUACAAAGGCGUCACUUGCAAUGUGAUGAUAACAUCUUGCUUGACGUGGCUGUAAAAUGUGAUGGUUAUGAUGGUUAUGAUCUGGAAAUAUUAAUUGACAGAACUGUCCAUUCUGCUGUUCGCCGUUUUCUUCCGUUGAAUGCUUCAAUUGAUGUGCAUGAGAGUCCGGCUAUACUAAGGGAGGAUUUCUCUCAGGCAAUGGUUGAUUUUCUUCCAGUUGCAAUGCGUGAUAUCACAAAAUCAGCUUCUGAUGAUAGCCGUUCUGGAUGGGAUGAUGUGGGUGGUCUUGUUGACAUUCGAAAUGCUAUAAAGGAGAUGAUAGAGCUGCCAUCGAAGUUUCCAAAAACUUUUGCACAAGCACCGUUGAGGUUGCGGUCAAAUGUCCUUUUAUAUGGUCCUCCCGGUUGUGGCAAAACUCACAUAGUUGGUGCUGUGGCCGCCACUUCUUCACUUCGAUUCAUAUCAGUUAAAGGGCCAGAGCUGUUAAACAAGUACAUUGGUGCUUCCGAACAAGCUGUUAGGGAUAUAUUCUCUAAAGCAGCAGCUGCAGCACCAUGUCUACUUUUUUUUGAUGAAUUUGAUUCUAUUGCCCCCAAGAGAGGGCAUGACAAUACUGGAGUCACUGAUCGAGUUGUUAAUCAAUUUCUGACUGAGCUAGAUGGUGUUGAAAUUUUAACUGGUGUAUUUGUGUUUGCUGCUACCAGUAGACCAGAUUUACUUGAUGCUGCACUGUUGAGACCUGGUAGGUUAGAUCGUCUUCUAUUCUGUGACUUUCCGUCCUGGCAUGAGAGAUUGGAAAUUCUUGCUGUACUUUCUAGAAAGUUAGCAAUGGCCAAGGAUAUUGAUUUGGCUACAAUAGCUAAUAUGACUGAGGGAUUCAGUGGAGCUGAUCUCCAAGCUCUCCUCUCAGAUGCGCAGCUUGCGGCAGUUCAUGAUGUUCUGGACAACGUAGAUGCCUCUAGGCCAGAAAAAACACCAGUUAUUACUGAUUCUCUUCUGAAGUUGACAGCAUCCAAGGCUAGACCAUCUGUGUCAGAAGAAGAGAAGAGAAGACUCUACAAUAUAUAUCACCAGUUCCUGGAUUCAAAGAGAUCUGUUGCUGCCCAGUCAAGGGAUACAAAAGGCAAGAAGGCAACUUUAGCUUGA